CGCGAGCCAGGGAGCCCGCAGGCGGGGCUGGGCGCCUAACGUCCAAGCUGGGCUGCGUCCGCGACCCGGCUGGGCCCCCGCCCGCGCGGCGCAGCCUCGGGUCGGACCGGUGGAGCGCCGUGCCCAUUUAAGGAGGCGGACCGUACCACCAGAACUUUCUUGACGGGGGAGGGGUAUUCCGGCAAACUCGGACGACUUGAAGUGAGCCGAAAGACGAUUUCUUUUCCCUUGUGACGCUGGCCCGAGUUCUAGUGCCGCUGGGAGGGAGCUGUGCACCGGGGGAGCUUUGAACGUGGGCCCCUUUCGUGUCCCUUCUCCGAAAUCGCCCUGCGAGAUCUCACUCGCCCCGAAGUCGGACGCGAUGUUCCCCCGCGCGGCCAAAGUGUAGUUCGCCUGCAGAGGCCCCAGUGCCCGGAUGUCCAUCAGGAUUAGUGCGAGCCAAUACGGUCGGAGCCCGAGGCUGCGCUGAGGACGCCCGGGCUCUGGAGCAGGUAGUCCCGCAACCUCGGGAAGUCGCGCUGGGGAACCGUCCCCGCCCGGCCCCGGCAAAUGGUGAGCGCGGCGCUGGCAGAAGGGCCGCGGGUGGAAGGCGCUCAUGGACAGAAGACCCUGAGCUCUAUAAACUGAAUUAUGGCAGCCCAGUCAAGCUUGUACAAUGAAGACAGGAACCUGCUUCGAAUUAGAGAGAAGGAAAGACGCAAUCAGGAAGCUCACCAAGAGAAGGAGGCAUUUCCUGAAAAGAUUCCCCUUUUUGGAGAGCCCUACAAGACAGAAAAAGGUGAUGAGCUAUCCAGCCGGAUACAGAACAUGCUGGGAAACUAUGAAGAAGUGAAGGAGUUGCUUAGCACUCAGUCCCACACUCAUCGCGUGGAUGCUUCUGAAAAUAGGUUGGGAAAGCCAAGAUAUCCUUUAUUUCCUGAGAAGGGGAGCAGCAUUCCAUCGCACUCCUUCAACACGAGUGUUCAUCACCAGCCUAUGAGCACUCCUGCCCCCGGACCACUGUCUGUUGGUAACGUCAGCCACAAUCCAAAGAUGGCACAGCCAAGAAUGGAACCAGUGCCAAGUCUCCAUGUCAAAAGCUAUGGCCCCGUGGACAGCCAGCACCUGACAGCACCUGAGGGGUACGGGUCCAGUCACCACAAAAACGGUGAGCGCAGGGCAGAUGGAGACUCCUGUGCUUCGAUGACAGACUGCGCUCCAGAGAGGGAGCUUUGUCCCUUACUCUCCUCUUUACCGUCCCCCGUACCACCUUUGUCCCCUAUACAUUCCAACCAGCAAACUCUUCCCAGGAUGCAAGAAAGCAGCAAGGUUCACAGCAGUAACAGUAAGAAAAGCUACUGCCCUGCCAAAUCUCCCAAGGACCUGGCAGUGAAGGUCCGUGACAAAGAGACUCCUCAGGACACUUUAGUGGCAGUUGCUAGCCUUGGUGUAGCCCCUCCCCAACCACCUUCUCAGACUUUCCCUCCACCCUCACUCCCCUCCAAAAGCAUUGCAAUGCAGCAGAAGCCCACGGCUUAUGUCCGCCCCAUGGAUGGUCAAGACCAGGCUCCUAGUGAGUCUCCUGAACUGAAACCACUGCCGGAGGCCUACCGGCAACAGACCUUUGAAAAAACCGACUUAAAAGUGCCUGCCAAAGCUAAGCUCACCAAGCUGAAAAUGCCUUCUCAGUCAGUGGAGCAGACCUACUCCAAUGAAGUGCAUUGUGUUGAAGAGAUUCUGAAGGAAAUGACCCAUUCAUGGCCUCCUCCUUUGACAGCAAUACAUACGCCUAGUACAGCUGAGCCCUCCAAAUUUCCUUUUCCCACCAAGGAUUCUCAGCACAUCAGUUCUGCAACCCAAAACCAAAAACAAUAUGAUACAUCUUCAAAAACGCACCCUAAUUCGCAGCAGGGAACAUCCAUGCUUGAAGAUGACCUUCAGCUUAGUGACAGUGAGGACAGUGAGAGCGAACAAACCCCAGAGAAGCCUCCUUCCACAUCUGCACCUCCAAGCGCUCCGCAGUCGCUUCCAGAAGCAGCGGCCUCAGCACAUUCCAGUGGUGCCGAGUCAGAGAGCACCACUGACUCAGACAGCUCCUCGGACUCCGAGAGCGAGAGCAGCUCAAGUGACAGCGACGAGAAUGAACCCCAUGAAACUGCAGCUCCUGAGCCCGAGCCUCCUACAACAAAUAAAUGGCAGCUGGACAACUGGCUGAGCAAAGUCAGCCAGCCGGCUGUGCCACCAGAGGCCCUGGGGAGCGCAGAGCCCUCUCCUCGGCACCCGGACGGGAAGGGCAAGGCUGGUGACGGUGGCACCACGAGUCACGAGCACUCGGAAUCCAAAGAUCCUCCCCCGAAAAGCUCCAGCAAAGGCCCUCGGGUCCCUCCGGAAGGCCCCCACGCUGGCAAGAGGAGCUGUCAGAAGUCCCCUGCCCAGCAGGAGCCACCGCAGAGGCAAACCACUGGAACCAAACAACCCAAAAAACCCAUCAAGGCAUCUGCCCCAGCAGACUCUCGGGCCAGCUUGCAGGUGGAGAGUGAGCUGGGACUUCUUCCCCAUGGCUCCAAGGACCAGCCUUCCAAAGAUAAGCCCAAGGUGAAGACGAAAGGGAGGCCCCGUGCUGGAGACGCCAGAGAGCCCAAGCCAGCCGUGCCCACCCCCAGCGAGAGGAAGAAGCACAGGGCCGCACCCCCAGCCCCCUCAAAGGCGCUCUCGGGCCCGGAGCCCACGAAGGACAAUGUGGAGAACAAGAGCCCUGAGCACUUUGCCCUCGUUCCCCUGACUCAGAGCCAGGGCCCCCUGCACAGCGGUGACAGUGGUGGCAGGACUAGUGGCUGUCGCCGCGCUGUGGUGGUACAGGAGGACCGCCGGAAGGACAAACUGCAGGUGCCUUUGAGAGACACCAAGCUGCUCUCCCCGCUCAGGGACACGCCUCCCCCACAAAGCUUAAUGGUGAAGAUAACCCUCGACCUCCUGUCUUGGGUACCCCAGCCGCCUGGGAAGGGAAGCCACCAGAAGAAACCGGAAGACAAACAGCCACUGGCUGGGAAGAAGCUGGAUUCUGAGAAGAGAAACUCAGACAACUCAAGCAAGUUGGCCAAAAAGAGAAAGGGUGAAGUAGAAAGAGACCACGAUAGCAAGAAAGUCAGGCUGGAGAAAGAAAUCAAAUCACAGUCGUCAUCUUCGUCCUUGCACAAAGAAUCUUCUAAAGCAAAAAUACCUAAGCCCUCCUCUGAGCCCUCAAAAAAGGAUAUGCUUCCCCCUGCACACGUGUCGUCCUCGUCUUCAUCAUCCCAGAAGCCAGCCAAGCCUACACAGAAGAGGCCAAGGCGGGAAGCACAGCCCUGUGGCCAGGACCCUCCCAAAAGUGCCAGCAGUACCAAGGCCAACCACAAGGACUCGCCCGUUCCCAAGCGCAGAAAAGCAGAGGGAAAGAGUUCUGGAAGCUCCGCAGAACACAAAGGAUCUUCUGGAGAUACUGCAAAUCCUUUUCCAGUGCCUUCUUUGCCAAAUGGUAACUCGAAACCAGGGAAGCCUCAAGUGAAGUUUGACAAACAAGCAGAUCUUCACAUGAAGGAGGUGAAAAAGUUGAAGCAAAAAGCAGAGUUAAUGACGGACAAGGUCGGGAAGGCUUUUAAGUACUUGGAAGCUGCCUUGUCCCUCAUUGAGUGUGGGAUUGCCGUGGAGUCGGAAAGCCCGGCGUCCAAGUCGGCUUACUCGGUGUACUCUGAAGCCGAAGUCCUCAUUAAAUUCAUAAUGUCAUUGAAAUCCUUCUCAGACUCCACAGCACCAACACAAGAGAAAAUAUUUGCUGUUUUAUGCAUGCGUUGUCAGUCCAUUUUGAACAUGGCGAUGUUUCGUUGUAAAAAAGAUAGAGCAAUAAAGUAUUCUCGUACUCUUAAUGAACACUUCCAGAGUUCUUCCAAAGUUGCCCGGGCGCCUUCUCCAUGCAUUGCAAGAAGCACAGGCACGCCAUCCCCUCUCUCUCCAAUGCCUUCUGCUGCCAGCUGCAUAGGAUCUCAGUCAAGUGCUGGCAGUGUGGGGAGCGGUGGGAUGCCUGCCGCCAUCCAAAACAUGACAUCUUCCUAUAUCACUAUCACUUCCCACAUCCUUACCGCCUUCGAUCUUUGGGAACAGGCUGAGGUCCUUACCAGGAAGAAUAAAGAGUUUUUUGCUCAGCUCAGCACAAGUGUGUGCACCUUGGCCCUCAACAGCAGUUUGAUGGAUCUGGUGCAUUACACAAGACAGGGUUUUCAGUGGCUAAAACAAGGAACCAAAACACCUUAAUGGAGCCCCAAGUUGAUUUGACGC